AUGUCUCCCGCUUUUUCUAUAGCAGCUAACACGGAAAAACACCUCAGGGCCCCCACCGGACGAACAGCUGGACCUCAGGCUGUCCCUCGGGCUGUCCCUCGGGCUGCUGGUACAGAGGGCUCAAACUUGACAGAAAGGGUGCUACAGCGCGAGAGCGUUCGCCCUAUCCCCACUUGUACCUUUGCGGCUGGCUCGGUAGCAUCGCCAGCUCCAAGCAGACAGCUCUCGAAAUCGGAAUUCGAAGCACGACGCAAGAAAUCGACUAAAGAUAGAGCGCAAACUCACCUUGCUGGUAGAAUUAGCCAAGCACGAGCACCGAGCACUACAAACGCAGGGAGUACACCAUCAAAUGUAGGCCCCUGGUCAACCAGUUAUAGGCGACCAACAAGCACAAGCAAAGAACAACAGACUGCAAGUCAACCACCAUCGUCAGGUGCCAAUGGUUCGCAACCACCCACUACUAGCGAUAGACCCCCGGUGGACAUCAAUGAGGACAAGAAACGAUCAGAGACAGCAACUGAUCCACAACACCUUGAGUCACCUGGGGACUUGGCGCGUGUAUCGCACUGCGCAGGGCCUUCAACAAGUCAUCCGGCGUCUGAAAUCCGCACCAUCAACCUUGGUAUUGAAACAGAAUUCUACCUUGCUUCACGUGUCACAGAUUAUUUUGAAAGCGACGUGACAAGUUUUGUCACUUUUCUUACACAGAGCUACAAUGCAAAGGUACCACAGCAACAUCCUCGAAUGCGCCCGGACUUCCGACCGUAUAGUUUCGAUGGUGAUUAUCACAGAUGGUGCAUAGUCCUUGAUGCGACUAUGAGUUCUCUCUUUUCACCAUGGGGGUUGGAGUUGGUAUCACCUAUCUUUAAAGCCUUUCCUUUCUCAACAUGGCGAAAAGAUGUCGAAGCGGCUUGGAAAUUUCUUCGGUCUUAUUACAAUGUUCUGGGAACUGAGCUUUGUGCCACCCACAUACAUAUUUCAAUUGAGUCAGAGUACAGCUUGCAAGAUUUAAAGCGAAUUGCUCAGGCCGUCAUUCACUUUGAGACCGCUCUCGAGGCUUUGAUGCCGCCUGACCGUAGGGGAAAUGAGUACGCUAAGAGCAAUUGGCUUGACGGUCAUCGAUUUGGGCGAGAAGGGCUAACCCGACAUGAAUCUAUUGCUGCCAUCGGGAAAGUAUCUCAUCUCCGUGAAUUGGUAGAUCUGAUGCAACCUUUUAGAUUUGGCACAGACAGAGACUACGCUUGGAACUUCCUCGGCCUACAAUCAUUCCCAAGGACGAUCGAAUUUCGCAAGCCUCCAGUAAGUCUAACGUCGGACGCGGCUCUUAGCUGGGCAGAGCUCGCCCUUGCAUUCGUUCAUGCAUCCGUCAGAUGUGAGUCUUCCAAACUACAAAAAGUCCCACCAACCAUUGGAGGUCUACGCUGGUUCUUACAUCAGUUCCAUGUGCCUGGAAUGAACGAGCCUGCUCGCUUGGAGAGAUUGUGGAAAGGCAAGGACCCGAGGGCAGCAGUAGAACCAAUACCCCUUCCCGAAGGGAAAAAGGAGGAAAUUGAAGACAUGAAGACAAGGCUUCGUGUGUUGGCAGAGGCCGACAAACGCCAGAUCCAAGCAUUUGCAGACACUACGCAAGAGCCCUACUGGUAA